UCAAACAAUUAUGCUAACUUUGUUGUAUGGGACCAAGAAUGUAGCAACAUUAUUGGGUUGUCUGCUGCUGAUUUGCAGAAACAAAUGAUUGAGGCUGGUGAAGAUGAUCCCCUUUGCUUUCCUGAUGCAUUGGAUGUAAUGCUAGGUUGUACCUUUGCUUUUAAAGUUCGAACGCAACCAAGAACUAAGUGUGCAUCUGUCAUUAAAGUUUCAAAUGUUUCAGAAAUAGUGGCACAUGUUAAAAGUCUUAUUCCUCCACUUCAAAUUGGUGAUGGUACUGAUAAAUGCAGUAUGGAUUUGGUUUCUGAGAGUUCCAGUGUUAUGGUUUCAGAAUUACGUGGGAAAGCUAUUUGUAAUUUGGCUGCAGACACUGAUACUGAUAUAAUGAGUUUGAGUGCAACUGGUGAUAAUGAGUCGGAUUAUGUUGUAAUUGGAACUCCAGGAAAGAGGUUAUUGCCAUGUAAUGAAAAUUGGAAUGAAUCUUCUCAGGACAUCGAUUCUGCUCAACUAUCCAGCACUAAGAUGAAGAAGCUUAUUAAGAAGGAGAAAACUUAAAUUAAGUUGUUCUGAUUUGUAUAUGUUUGAUGUAUAUAAUUUUGGGUGCUUUGGAACAGUUAUGG